GGGGAGUUUACUUAAACUAAAUAAUCCUGAAAAAGGAAAAAACAGAGAAGCAAAGAGAUGGAGAAAGCAGAGCUGAUCUUCAUUCCGGUGCCGGGAAUCGGCCAUCUAGUCUCCACCGUCGAACUUGCAAAGCGCCUACUUCACCGCGAUGACCGGAUUUCCGUCACUCUUCUUUCCAUGAAGGCACCAUUCGGUUCUGUUGAUGCAUACACCAAACCUCUUACUGCCUCAGAACCUCGGAUCCGGCUCGUCGACCUCCCCCCGGUAACCCACCCUUCACUUGAUCUAUUCACCAAGUCCGCGGAAGCCUAUAUAUAUUCCCUUAUCGAAGUGCAAAUACCCCAGGUUAGAAAAACCGUAACAGAUAUUGUAUCAUCUUGCUCUGUCUCGGGUUCAUCCCGGGUCGUCGGGUUAGUUCUUGAUUUCUUUUGCGUUCCUAUGAUUGAUAUUGCAAAUGAAUUGGAGCUUCCUUGCUAUAUGUUCUUGACGACUAAUACAGGAUUCUUGAGUUUAAUGAUGGAGCUACCGAUUCGACAUGGACAGAACAGGGCAGAGGUUGAAAGUUCGGAUCCAGAAUUCUUGAUUCCAGGUUUUGUCAACCCUGUUCCGGUAAAUGUCCUGCCUUCAGCUAUGUUUAACAAGUUUGGUGGGUAUACUGCCUACCUCAAACUAGCUCAAAGAUUCAAGGACACCAAAGGGAUCAUUGUAAAUGCAUUGGAAGAGCUUGAGCCUUAUGCAAUUGAGUACUUUACCAAUAGCCAACACCCUCCAAUCUACCCGGUUGGACCUGUGCUCGACCUCAAUGGCCAGCCUAACCCUGACUUGGAUAUCGCUCAAUGCGACAAGGUAAUGAAAUGGCUAGAUGAUCAGCCGCAAUCAUCAGUGGUUUUUCUGUGUUUUGGGAGCAUGGGGAGCUUUGAACCACCCCAAGUGAGGGAAAUAGCACUUGGACUUGAGCAGAGUGGGUACAGAUUCUUAUGGUCUCUGCGCCUGUCACCACCAAAUAACAAAGAUGCAUUGGAAGAUAUGUUACCGGAAGGAUUCUUGGGAAGGAUCGGAGAGAAAGGGAUGAUAUGCGAGUGGGCGCCACAAGUGGAGGUUCUGGCUCACAAGGCAACUGGAGGGUUUGUAUCUCAUUGUGGAUGGAACUCGAUUCUGGAAAGUUUAUGGUAUGGAGUGCCAAUUGUGACAUGGCCUAUGUAUGCUGAGCAACAACUCAAUGCCUUCUUGAUGGUGAAGGAAUUGGGGUUAGCAGUGGAGCUGAAAUUGGAUUACAGGAGCCAUGGCGAUCUUGUGAUGGCAGGGGAGAUAGAGAAAGCUCUGCACCAUGUUAUGGAUGGCAGUAGUGAAGUGAGGGUGAGAGUGAAGGAAAUGUCAGACAUUGCUAAGAAGGCUAUUAAGGAUGGUGGAUCUUCAUUCCUUUCCAUUGGACGUUUGAUAGAGGAUAUGGUUGGAAAAAAAAUUGUAGAUGUUUGAUUGUUUUGAGUUUGAUCUUUCCUAUUGUUGAUGAGGAAAAGCAAUUAUUGUGCUGGUUAAAAUUAUGUUGUAGUAGGAAGCAUUGUAUUUGUAUGUAGAUUUUCCACUCCCAUCCGUUCAUGAUCCGUGUCUUCAAAUUAAUUGACAAUAUAAGUUUUAGUAUUAA